AUGAGGAAAGUUGGAAGCAGAAGAAGAGGCUGGAAGGAAUUGGGGUGAGGGAAGAAGGGGAGAGUGGGGGUUGGGAAUGGGAGGGGAGGAGGGAAGAGUGGAGGGAGAGGUGGAGGUGACUGGGAGAGGGAGUAUCCCAAAAGAUGAACUAACCCAUUCAACAUCCCUCUCUCCACCCCUCCCCUCCUAACCAUCCUCCUACUCCUAUUCAUCACCCAAACCCUCGCCUUCUACCCCCACCAAUGAAAAGCCGGUUACUUCGGCCAAAACGAAACCUGAACCCCCUGCAAUAGCUCAUGAAAAACCUGAGAAGACGAGACUCUGUGAACUACUUGUGAAGAUUUUAUGUGGGUCAACGAAGUCACUGGGCUGUGAGAGACUUGUGGUGCAGAAGAGUAUUAUGACCCUAUUGGGGGUAGGUGAUUGGAGUGUAAUGGAGUGUGAGCUUAUGAGUGAAUGCAGAGAGAGGGCUGAUUUGAGUGACCUUCUGGGAAGGUGUUUGAUGCUGAAGAGUUUGAGUGUGUUGAGUCGUGUGAUUUGGGUAAUAAUAAGGUCAUGGUCACAUCUGAGAAGAUGAAUAUUGGAAAAAUAUGAAAGACUCUGAACAUCUAUAUCGACCCUGAUAGUCGGGAACCUAUUGAGUUAGGCACCUUAAAAUACCCCUAUCGGACGUUCAAGUCAGCUGCAUCAGAAAUAUUGAAUCAUUAUAGUAACACACAAGCUGAAGUUACUAUUUAUGUGAAGGAUGGCUAUAUCGAAACUGAUACUUUCUAUUUUAUGAAUAUGACAAAUGUCAAAAUAACAGCUCACCCUGAGUAUAAGAUUAUGAACAAGAGAGCACAAAUAUCUUUCACUAGCCAGCCUCAACAUGGGAUAUCCAAGAAAGCUCGUUUCCAUCUUUUAAGAGAUGUUCCCAUAAACCAUAACCAAUUUGUUGCAAUCGAGGAAACUGGAGAAACUGAGAAAUCUGGACUCUCAAAAGAUAAAAUGGGAAUUAUGGCUUAUAGGACAAGUCUGGAAAUAUCUGACAUAGAAUUUCACAGCAAUGACUUGAAGCACUUCUGAGCUCCAAUUUAUCUCCAAGACAAAGAUGUCAAAUUUUACAAUCUCGACUUCAACGUUACUGGAACUUCACUUGACAGCCAAGAUCCCAUGAACGUGCACCUUGAGAAUAUCUCUGUGGAUAUAUCAAGGCAAGACAUUUUCUUCUAUCCGUUGCUUGUGUUUUGAAAUUAUCCAGAAGCCUUCACAAGGAAUAUUGUUUAUGUGAAAAAUGUGACUACUUCGAUUUCUAUCAAGAAGACAGUUUAUAACUACAGCUUAUUAAAUUCUGCUCUCCCUGGGAACCAUACCAUGAUCGAUAUUGAUUGAGGAAAUCUGCCUGUAAACGAUGAAAUUGACAUGUGAAUAGUGGUUGGCUAUGGCCCAACGUGAAUCCCAAAUGAUGACUUACUUCAACUUGUAGAGUACGAAUCUGUAAAUUCAGAUGGCCGACCACUAGACGCUGGAAUUGGGAAUAUAUUAAUUACUCCAGUUGUAGCAUUUACAGUUCCUUAUCGCCCUGUUUAUAUCAACAUGACGAAUUUUAAUUAUAUCAACAUCACCCAACAUUGGAGCUAUAGAUUGUUCUACUUAUACAGUAUUGGAGUAGAGGCAGCUGAAAUAACAAAUUUCAUGUUCCACAACAUUUCAUCCAACUUAUUCGUGAUAGAAGUUUCUACUAUUAAAGACAUAAAAGUUAAGAAUUUGACUUUUGAAGAUAGCCUGAAUCAUACAGCCGGAAUACUUCAAAUCACUGCUUAUGGGAAUGUUGAAUUUGAUGGCGUAAUUGUCAGGAAUUUCAAUAAUAAAGGAGCUUAUAAUUCUCCUUUAUUUGCUCUGAAGUUGCCAGCCACAAGUUCAGUAAUUAUGAAGGAUUUUAGCUUUGAAAAUGCCGAAAUACCUAGUGUGUCCUUAUUUUCAAUAGAUGCUGCUCCAGUGAUGAUGACUGUGGAAAACUUUAAGUUCAAAGAUUGUAAAACUCCAAAUGGGGACUCUUUGCUAAGUUUCUUGUACAUAAACUCAAUCAAAGUUUCUAAUAUAACUGUUGAGAAUGUUCACCCCUUCAGUGCAUAUGGAACAACUGAGAAUAUUAUACGGAUUGCUUCUCUAAAUUAUGAGGAAAUGCACACUGCUGAAUUUUCUGACAUCACAAUUUUGAACUCUUCUCUGUCAUUGUUCGGGGUUGGAAGUCUUACAAUGGUAUCAAAUUCUGAGAGAUAUAUCUCUUUCAGUAAUAUAAGAUACUCUGAAUGCAGUAUUCCAUCCUCUAGGUCAUUGGUUUCAACUGAUAGACUUGUUGGUGAUCUUAGCCUGAACAUUCAGUUCAACAACCUGAGGUUUGAGGAUAUAGAGUUUGCAACCACCGGAUCACUAAUCGAGUUGAAACAUCAACUCCCAACUGUUGUUAAAUUUGAUAAUUGCUCUGUCUCUAGAGUUAAUUCUGGGUCUAUUCAAGCUGAAGGGAGAAAAACAUCAAGUAAUAUUGAUACAAAAUUUAAGUUUAUGAACUCUAUAUUUUCGGACAUAACACUUAUUAUGACUCCGUUCAUCUCAACAAGCCAGAAUUUAGUCUAUGAAAUUCAGAAUAGUUCAUUCACAGGGUUUACUUCAAUGAGUGUUAUUGCAGGGAUAUUCAGAGCAUCUGAUAGGUCUGUGAUUACAAUUGAGAGUUCACUGUUUCAGAAUAACUCAGCUGUUUUAUCUCCAAUCUUCAAAGCGGAUACUGAAGCAAGUAUUAUUUGAACAAAUUGUAAAAUCUCUAAUAAUUUUGGAGUAACAAGUGGAGUAUUCGAGAUAGAAUCUGGCGCAGUGUUGAAAAUACUCCAAAGUGAAAUUUAUGAAAACUAUGCAAUACAAUACCCAGUAGGGACAUUCUUAUCUGCUUUUACCCCUUCAAUCAUCAGUAAUACUAAGAUUUAUUCAAACAAUGCAAUUUUUGAAAGUGAUUUGACUGAAGAACUUUCUUCAAGUUGAGUCAAGCUAUGAUUUUUGAGCGAGUUAAUAAAAAAUUAUCUUACAGACUUUAAUUUUACCGCAAUUACACAGACAGAUACUUUGAUACAAGUGCUUCUGGCUGAGAUUCACAUUAUAAAUAACACACAAAUCUAUGAAAGCACCUCAGUCGUAUACUGUUUAUCUUCAGAAUUACUAAUAGAAAACUCCUUCAUAUCAGAAAUAGGCUUCAUAAAAUCCCCAAUAAAUCUGGUUUCAACUAUAGCUUCUGUGAACAACCUAACGAUAUCAAAUUGAUCUAAGUUGGACACUCAAGAUGAUAUUGCAUUUAUCCAAAUAACAUCUGGGACUUUGAACUCGUCAGGCUUGAACUUCUCAAACUCUAAUUUCAGAGUUGCUCAGUUAUCAUUCUCCAGUUGAAUCAUGAGCAAUAUUCAAUUAACUGAUGUAGUGAACGAUAAAGGGCUUAUUGGAUGUCUUAAAUGUCAACAAUUUGAACUAGAUUCAUUGCUAUUACAAAAUUCUUAUUCAGUUUCUAACCCAUUGCUUAGCCUUCAAGAGACUCUUAAUGUAGAGCUGAGGAAUAUCAAACUCUCUGGGUAUCAAUAUAAGCUCGCUCAGUUUUCAUUAUCAAAUAUUACUGUAAUAGAGAAUUUAGAAAUUAGUAAUGGAAAGCAAACUCUUGAAUUCACUGAGUCUAACCUUCUUAUGAUGAAGAACUGCUCAUUCUCUAAUAAUGAGGAAACUGGAACAAGUAGAGGUGGAGCUGUUCAGAUCUUUAAUAGUAAAAUAAAUAUUUAUAACACAACAUUCAGAAACAACUCUGCAUACUCUGGAGGUGCAAUCACCUUUGAAUGUACAAGCAUGGCUAAUUGUGAAUUAAAUAUUAGAAACUCUGAAUUCUUCAAUAAUAAUGCCAAAGUCAAAGGAGGAGCAAUAUAUUAUAACUACAAUUAUCCAAGAAUAAAUAAUACUGAUUUUAGUAACAAUAAGGCUGAUUAUGGGCCAAACUUUGCCAGUUAUCCUGCAAAGAUAGGACUCGUUGAUACUUCACAAGGUGAAGAUAUUAUUUUGGACAACAUUGGAUCAGGUAUAACGAUAGAUCAAAUUUUGACACUUGCUAUUUAUGAUGUUGACAACCAAAUAAUGAACCUGGAUAAUUCAAGCCAGAUAACGAUUACACGAAGCGAUGCAGCUAAGAUAAGAGGAUACAAUACAGCCUCUGUGAGUAAAGGAAUAGCCCAGUUUGAUAAUAUUGCUGCCAUUGCAACUGGAGGGAUUCGGAGCUCAAAUUUUACCCUGAGUUCAAAAUCAAUCAACAUUGGCAAGGUUAAAGAGGUGUUAGGCACUUUGUAUAUUCAGGAAGAUCUCCAAAUCAAGUUUAGAUACUGACAGCCAGGAGAAAGAAUCCUAGGUGAUGAAUGAACAGUAUGAGUUGCUGGUACAUACUCCCUUAAAUGGAAUGCAACUGAGUGAGUCGAGUGACAACAUGAUGCACAAUGUCUUGGAAGUAAUGAAAUUUCAGUGAGUUCUGGGUACUGGAGGAGAUUUCAAAAUUCAACCAAAAUUGUUGAAUGAAUCGUUGAAAAAGCUUGUGAAGGAGGAUAUGUCGAUUAUCAAAAUGAAGACCAAACUUCUAAUCCCACCAGCAUCCACCCAGUGAAAUGAGCAGAAGGGUAUUCAGGUAACCUCUGCUCCCAAUGAGUAGUGACUGAAGAUAUUAAAUAUGAGAAAGUUAAUGACUACGAGUGACAGAAAUGCCCAAAUCAAAUUGAGAAUGCAUUCAAAGUUUUAUUCACUUUACUUCUUGUCUUAUUAUUUUUCAUAUUAAUGGUGGUUAUAAAUGUGAGGAAAACUAAUGAAAGUGAACUAUCGGUUCUUCUAAGAAUCCUUACUAAUUAUAUCCAGUUAAUAACUGUAGCAGCAUCAAUGACAAACGGCUAUCCUGCUGGAUUUCUUACUCUUAUAAGUCCGAUGAGAUUGUUUGGAGGAUCUACUGAUGUAUUCUUGUCAUUUGACUGCUUCAUUAAAGACACAGAGGUGCAAUUUCUUUUCAACUCUAAUGCAAUCUUUAAACUGUUCCUGAUGAGUAUCUUGCCUAUUAUCUUAUUUGUUAUUACCGCAUUAAUGUGGGUAAUUAUUAGAUUGAUUAAGCCAGCUUGGUGCACAAAUAUGAAAAGAACUCUUGUGAUAUCUUUUCUCACAAUUGGAUUUAUUUUAUACACAAAGCUAACAGAGAGAAGCAUCAGCCUUUUUAAAUGUAUCGAAAUUGAUGAAGGAUACAAGGUAGCAAAAGUAGAUACUAAUAUUGAGUGAUUCUCCCCAACACAUUUGAAAUGGUGAUUAUUAGUAGCAGUGCCGAUCUUAGCUGUAUGGAUCAUUGGUUGUCCUUUGGCUGUUUGCAUUGCUAUAUACAAAGAAAAGGAUAAGCCAGACAGUAAAAUUAUGGAAUAUUUCUUAAUGCUUUACCAAGGUCUCAAACCUGAAGCCAUAUAUUGGGAAUUUGUCAAUACCAUCAGAAAGAUAGCUAUCUUGUUGUGUCUUCUCUUUGAGUUGAAUGUUACAAUUAAUUUGUCCCUGAUAAUACUUCUGCUAUCAGCUCGACUUCAGAUCAAAAUAAAACCUUACAAGAACUUUGAGAACAACAAAAUUGAGUUCUUGUCUUCAAUGGGAGUUGUUUCCACCGUUGUGGGGGCCCUAGUAUACUCUAGAUAUGUCCAACAUGAUAUCCUGAAUUCAGUCGUGUUUAUAUCUAUAGUCAUGAUAAACUUCAAAUUUCUAAUAGAAUGGCUGUUCAGGUUAAUGCAGAUUUAUCAAGAGAAGAAUAAAUAUGCACGCCUUCUCAUUAAGUGAUUGACAAAGAUUAUGUGAAAGAAAAUCCCAAAAUCAGCCAAACAAGAGAGCAAGAAGAAAAAUUCAACUUUAAGGACUCCUAAAAACGAAGCUAACAUGAACGAAGUUGAAUCAAGUUCUUUAAAGAAGAGAGUGUACAAGAAGCCCAGACCCAAGAAGAAGAGAAGGAGGUUCAAGAAUAUAAAAAGACAUAAGAAGGCACAAGAGAUUGCAGAUGCACAUCCUCUAGAUUCAAAAGUUGCUGAUCAAGGUAUAAAACCUCCCGCAUGCUUCCCUUGAAUAUUUAUUGAAGACCAAUAGAGAUUUAUACUUUCCGAGGAACAAACUUAGAUACAAAUUAUGUAUCUUUAGAUAGGAUAUAUUGAAUUUGAAGAGCUAGUAUCAAACCUUGCUGGGUGUUCCUUCAGCUUCAAGAACUUUAUAACUGAUCACAGCUAUUAUAUAACUAAAGCGUUGACUUAGCUUACUUCUUAGGUGAAAUAAAUAGAGAGAGUUAUUGUGACCAAAUCACAUUGGGACGUAUUUUUAUUCAAUAAUCGUCAGACAUUUUAGAAUCAUAGAACCUUUAUUUAUAAGAGGAAUAGAAGCAUAUUUUAUUGCAAUUGCUAUUCAAUAGGAUACUCCCUUAUGAUAUAAACAAGGAAUACUUAUUAGAGUUCUGUUCCAAUUCUUAUAAAUCAGCAUAAAUUCUACGAAUUUUUAGGCUUUAGAUUGCUAUUCAACUCCUGAAGAAUUUCUAUAACAGACUAUUGUCUCGAUGUUCUGAAUAAUUAGCGCUUACCACUUGUAAAAAACAACCACAGUAUAACUAAAAAUUCUAAAAAUCAAAUUUAAACAAAAAUUCUUCACCAAAACCCUCUUCUACCUCAACCCCCCUCAAUCUAGCUAUCCCACACCAAAUGUUCUACGACUCCCAGUACAACUCCAAGACCCUAAUCCGAAGAAUAUCCCAGCCCAUCCCCUUCCAUCAGUAACCCCUUCCUCCAGUAGAGCCGAAUAGCCCCUCCUGCUUUAGCCACACUAUAAAAUCUUCUUAUAAUAAUUA